AUGGCUCACUCGGCGCCGGCGUCGGACCCUGGGCGCCGGGAGAUGACUAACGGAGGCGGGGGGGCCCACGCCCACGCCAGUGCCAGUGCCAGCGGGCAGGCUGGGGGCUCCAACACCGCCACGCCGCGCUACCUGCUGAAGAAGCAGCAGCGGCGCCGGAUGAGGUCUUCCUCCCCCAUGGGCAGAGUCAUCCUCAUCAACGCACCUGUGGAAGGUGGUGCGGACAGCGAGGACAUCCACACCAUCACGGUGGAUAAGAGUGAGGACGGGCGGCUGGGCUUCAGCGUACGCGGCGGCUCCGAACACGGCCUCGGCAUCUUCGUCAGCAAAGUGGAGGAUAACAGCUCAGCAGAGGAGGCUGGGCUGCUGGUGGGGGACAAGCUGGUGGAGGUGAACGGCAUCAGCCUGGAGAGCAUCACCAUGAGCAGCGCCGUCAAGGUGCUCACCGGCAACCACCGGCUCAGGAUGGUGGUGCGGCGCGUGGGGAAGGUGCCCGGCAUACGCUACUCCAAGGAGAAGACCACAUGGGUGGACCUGAUCCACCGGCGCAUGGUGGUGGAGGAGACGGGCCGCACCCCCUCGGAGUCCAGCUCAGACAGCGGGGCCCUGCGGCGCAUCGUCCACCUCUACACCACCUCCGACGACUACUGCCUCGGCUUCAACAUCCGCGGGGGCAAGGAGUUCGGCCUCGGCAUCUACGUCUCCAAGCUGGACCCAGGUGGCCUGGCGGAGCAGCACGGCAUUAAAAUGGGCGAUCAGAUACUGGCGGCCAACGGAGUCAGCUUCGAGGACAUCACCCAUAGCAACGCCGUGGAGGUGCUGAAGAGCUACACGCACAUCAUGCUCACCAUCAGGGAGGCGGGAAGAUAUCCGGCUUACAAAGAGAUGAUUGCGGAGUACAGCUGGCUUAAUAAAUUGGCCAAUGGUCUGGCUCCGUCCUCCCAGGGUUCGGACUCCUUCUCGUCCGCCUCGUCCCUCUCCUCGGGCACGCCCCUCUCCUCCCUGAGCGGCCUCUCCCAGGUCAUGUUCCCGCCGUUGCACAACGAGAUGGUGGACGUCUGCAUCUCCACCGAGGACCACCGCUCGCGGAGACAAAGCUUCGACCGGGCCGAGAUGGCCAUCCAGACGGACACCCCUCCCCCUCCGCUGGGCUUCGGCGGCGGGGACCGCUCGGAGGCCUCCAGCCCCGUGGAGACCAGCCGGACGGUGGGGGAGACCACCCUGCUGAAGGACACGGUGAUCCGGACGGCCAGCUUCGGGAGGCGAGGGCCGGGGGGGGUGGUGCAGGGGCGGGGCAGGACGUUCUCGGCCGGGGAGAAGGAGACGCUGGACUCGGCCAAGACGGCGGUGCUGGUGGCGCUCAGCAAGCCGCGCCGGCCCCUACGCCGCUCCCAGAGCCACAUCACCGUGUCAGAAGACAAGCUGAAGAAGAAGCAUCAGCAGCAGCAGAAGGAGAAGUCGUCUGGAGGAGGCGACAGAGGAGGAGGAGGAGGAGGCAGCACCACGCUGCAGCGCUCCAAGACCUUCGUCAGCCUCCUCUUCAAGGGCGGCAGGCGGAGGGAGAGGGAGAGGGAGGAGAGGGAGGCGUCCAGGGAUGGAGGAGGAGGAGCUGCGGAGAGACACAGGGGGAGCGCCAGAUCACCCAAUCGCUCAGAGAAAGGUAAGAAUCGUCUGAGCCUGCUGACGUCCCCUAAGGAGUCUCGUGCGGGGGUGAAGGACGCGAGCGGGCCCCCGGGCCCCGAGGCGCUGGCCAUGGUGGAGGGCAUGGCACACCGGCUGCUGAGCGAGGACGAGGUGGCCGCCGUCAUGAGGCACUGCAAACGGUUCAUGUCAGAGCGUGUCAUGGAGGACCUGGUGCGCCCCCUCCUGGCCAUCCUGGACAAGCCAGAGAAGCUGCUGUUGCUACGGGAGAUCAGAGCCAUUAUCCCGCCCACUGAUGUGUCUCAGUUUGACAGCAUGGUUGUGCCAUUUGAACUGGAGGCCUAUGAGAUCCUCAAGAGCCGCUCGGUGAGGUCGCCAGCUCUGCGGUCCCCAAGGCCUGGAGGGACACCCCGACGCCAUCUCAUCACCCCCAUACCAGACUACCGCGGUGGCUUCCAGCUGCAGCCUGCUCUGGACGCCGCGCGAGAGCGCCACCUCCUGGAGGAGCUGGAGCGUUUGCGUCUCUCGCCUCUCAGGACGGGCCGCGUGCCGCCCUCCCGCCCCUUCACCCCCCUGCUGGACAUCCCGGUGGACGCCUACGCGGCCCCCACCUCCGUGCUCCGCUCACGCACCCCCAGCCCCAACUGGCUGCUGAGCGAGUCGCCCCACAACACCACCGCCCGCCGCCGGGACCAGGACCGAGACCGAGACCGAGACCGAGACCGGGGCCGCUCCCCCCAGCGCAGGGACAAUGGGUCGCCCCGCUCCAGGGAGCCCAGUGACAGGGGAGAGACCACCUCCAGAGAGCGGGGGAGGUUGCCUUACCGGAAUGGAAACGGUAAUGGGAACGGCACUAAUGGCACUAAUGGCAAUGGAAGGAGGGACAGAGAACAGACGAGGACGUCUGAUAGGACGAGUGGCAACGGGCUGGACACGCUGCACGUGACUUCCCCGCGUCGCAGCAGGACGCCCCUAACGCAGGUGUUUGGGCCCCAGGAGGGCGCCACACGGACCCCCACGGAUCGCUCCCCGUCCGCGGGCAGGUUCAGUGGGGUGCCCCCUAGGGAGUUUUCCCAGGAGGGUGCUCGGACCCACACAGAGCGCUCCCAGUCCACAGGGAGAUUGGGUCUCGUGCCCAGCAGGGACCCUCAUCAUGGGGGUACUACUCGGACCUCGGAUCGGAGCUGGGAUCGGAGCUCGGAUAGGUCCCCGUCUGCGGGGAGGUUAGGUGGGGUUUCGCCGCAGGUGAACGGACACUCGGCGGACACACGGCGCUCCAUGCAGAACGGACACGACGUCAGCAGCAGCAGCAGCAGCAGUCACAGAGUGCAGGAGUACGAGAUCACCACGGUGUCCAUAUCCAAGACCAAGCAGUCUCUGGGCAUCAGCAUCUCAGGUGGUAUGGAGUCUAGGGUGCAGCCCAUGGUGAGGAUCGAGAAGAUCUUCCCAGGUGGAGCUGCCUCAGCCUGCCCCAUACUAAAGGCCGGCUACGAGCUGGUGUCAGUGGACGGGGAGUCUCUGCAGGGCGUGUCUCACCAGCACGCGGUGGACGCCAUCCGCAGAGCGUUCAGCAACAAGGCCAAAGACCCCAUGCAGCUGGUGGUGAAGGUCCCCAAAGGAGCACAGCAGGACUGACCAGCACUGAUGAACAGCAGGACCAGAUC